UGCCCUGGCUAAAACAGUGGUCCUUCAAAGUCAGCAAUAUAAUAAACUGGCAAAUGAAGGCAGAUGAAGAAGCUGCCAGCUGUGCAUCUUGCCAGCUAUCUGUCAUACUAAUGGAUAAAUACAUCCUUAUGCUUCCAGGAGUUUCCAUUUAUUGCUUAACCCGCCCACAGUGAAGUCGUCACUUAAUUUUAAAUUAAAAGGGGAGCAAAGGGGAUCGUUAGAAAGACCUAGCAAAAGCAAGGCAAGGAGGCGACAUCUGAGAGCCCUGGGUCAUCCAACCCCAUCCAGUCUCUAUCACUGCUGCUUUGUUCCAUAUUUAGCUCCUGACAACUGCGUCUAGUGCAGGAACUCCCCGCUCCGGCUUUUCCCUCCCCCCACUGCUGUCUCUGCUCCCAGAGAGCUCUCAGAAAUUGCUCUUUCUUUUUCCCCGUGGCCAUAACUGAGUAUUCCCAUAUCCAAGAAGAUGGCAGAAAAGCAGGAGGAGCCCAGCAACACCCAGAAUGGUGAACCCGACAACGCAGAAGAGGGCGAGGAGAAGAAGAAGAAGAAGGUGAAGCGGGAAGAUCUGCCACCGUUUGAAAUUGUGACAGGGGAACGCCUCCCAGCCAUAUUUUUCAAAUUCCAGUUCAGGAAUGUGGAGUAUAGCUCAGGUAGGAACAAAACCUUCCUGUGCUACGUUGUGGAGACCCAAGGCAAAGAGUCAGUAACUUCUCGGGGUUAUCUGGAAGAUGAACAUGCAGCAGCGCAUGCAGAAAUUGCUUUCUUUAACACUAUUUUGCCAAAGUGUGAAUCGAGCCUCCGCUACAACGUCACCUGGUACGUCUCCUCCAGUCCUUGUGUAACCUGUGCUGAUCGGAUAACUGAGAUCCUGAGGAAGAACAAGAACCUGCGUCUGACUAUCAUGGUAGGGCGCCUCUUCAUGUGGGAAGAGCCAGAAAUGCAGGCUGCCCUGAAGAAAAUGAAGGCAGCUGGCUGCAAGCUGAGGAUUAUGAAGCCUCAAGACUUUGAGUAUGUCUGGCAGAACUUUGUGGAACAGGAGGAAGGACAGGAAGCGAAGGCUUUCGUGCCAUGGGAGGACAUUCAAGAGAACUUCCAGUAUUACGAGGAAAAGUUGGCUGACAUUCUACACUGAAGCUCACGACCUAUUUAGAAGAGAUCUGUGAAGCGAGAUGUGACAGACUUGGACAUCUGGGACACUCCUUCAGCUUUCCAAAGCUUUGACUCCAGCAGGAUGCAGUAUCAACUCCUGGAAAACUGGGCCCUGAUGGACUACAAAUAAAUCUACCACACAGCUCUUUGGUGUUCAGGAUUUCAGGAGUUUUUUGUCUGU